UCAGGGCAUCAACUUCCCACACCCAUAUUGCAGGUUGCGCAGCCCUGGUCCCUCAGAGUCGAAACUUUAGCUCCGUGCUUCCGCGGAGAACCGGGAGAUUUGCGAUGGCGCCUAAGCAGGCGACGUUAGGCAAGUUCUUUGCCGAAGCGAAUGGAGCGAAGGCGAAGGUUGCGCCGGCGCAGCAAACAAAGUUGAGCUUCUCUACCAAGGGCAAGAGCGAAGCGGACAAGGAGGAUUCCGAACCCUUGAGCAAAACGGAGCAGGAGGAGGAAAAGGUGGAGGUGGAGAAGGCCGAGUCGGGCAAAGAGACCGGCAAGAAGCGAGUGCGGCCUCCCAACGCAGGUAGAGCGGCGGCUAAUGAAGCGGCGACGAAGAAGAGCAAAGAGGAGGUGGUCGAGGACGAUGAUGCUGAGGUGGCCGCGCCUGCUAGCAAGCGGCCAAGAAGGGGAAGGAAAGUGGUUGAAGAUGAGGAAGACGACGAAGCCAUGGAGGAUGCGACCGAGCCGGAGACCAAGACAGCCAAGCGCUCGACGUCUCCAAGAUCCAAAUCGCCACGGAAAGGCGAACCUGAGCCGGCAGCUGCCAUGAAAACAGAGGCGGAAGAGGACACCCCUGAGUCGGCAUCCGAGCUAGAGGACGAGGAGCUCCAGGACGAAGAAGAAAAGUCGGAGGUGGCGGCCAAGGCGCGGCAGACGGUCCAGGCCAGCCUCAAGUCGGACGUCAAACACCCGUACCCCGACUGGAAGCCUGGCGAGCCGGUGCCGUACGCUGCGCUGUGCAAGACCUUCUCGCUGAUCGAACUCACUUCCAAGAGGCUUGAGAUCAUGGCGCACUGCUCGCUGUUCUUGCGUCAGGUUCUCAGGCUCACGCCAGCGGAUCUUCUGCCCACAGUCCUGCUCAUGAUCAACAAGCUUGCCCCUGACUACGCCGGCAUUGAGCUCGGCAUCGGCGAGUCGCUGAUCAUGAAGGCGAUAGGCGAGACUACGGGCCGCAGCUUGGCCGUCAUCAAGCAGGACCAGAAGGAAAUCGGCGACCUCGGCCUGGUGGCCGUGAAGUCUAGGUCCACGCAGCGGACCAUGUUCAAGCCCAAACCGCUCACCGUCCAGGGCGUCCAUAAGGGGCUCAUGGGAAUUGCGACCGUUACUGGCAACGGCGCGCAAGGGAGGAAGGUGGAUGGGAUCAAGAAGCUCUUGGCGGCGGCGGAUGCGAAUGGCACCGGCAAGGUGGACAUCACCAAGGAUAAGGGCGGCCCGAGCGAGGCGAAGUACAUCAUUCGCUUCCUGGAAGGCAAACUGAGGCUGGGCCUGGCCGAGAAGACGGUCAUUGUGUCGCUGGCCCAGGCCGUAGUGGCGCAUGAGGCGGCGAAGAAAGGCAAGGUGCCGAGCACGAGCGACAUCGAGAAGGGCGAAGCGAUUCUGAAGACGGUCUACAGUGAGCUGCCAAGCUACGAUGUCAUUAUCCCGGCGAUGGUAGAGCACGGCAUCAUGAACUUGAGGGAACACUGCAAGCUGCGGCCUGGCGUCCCGCUCAAACCCAUGUUGGCAAAGCCGACCAAGGCCAUCACCGAAGUGCUCGACCGCUUCGAAGGCCGGACGUUUACAUGCGAGUACAAGUAUGACGGGGAAAGAGCGCAGAUUCACUACGUCGCCAAGGACACGGACGAAGAGCUCAGCCAGUCGGCGUUGAACGCCACCAAGGAGGUCGGGCGCGGCGUAGCUGCCAUUUUCUCGAGAAACUCGGAAGACCUGUCCAAGAAGUACCCCGACAUCCUCGCCAAGCUCCCAACGUGGGUCAAGGAGGACACCAAGAGCUUCGUGCUGGACUGCGAGUCGGUAGCAUGGGACGUGCAGGAGAAGAAGGUGCUGCCCUUCCAGCAGCUCAUGACGCGAAAGAAGAAGGAUGUGAAGGUGGAGGACGUCAAGGUCAAGGUGUGCGUGUUUGCCUUCGACCUGCUGUACCUGAACGGGGAGGCGGUCGUGGAGAAGCCGCUCAGGGAGCGCCGGGAGCUGCUGCACAAGGCCUUCCAGCCCGUGGAAGGCGAGUUUGCGUUCGCCACGGCCAUGAACGGCCAGGAGCUGGACGAGAUCCAGACAUUCCUCGACGAGUCGGUCAAGGCGUCCUGCGAGGGCCUGAUGGUAAAGAUGUUGGAUGGCGAGGAGAGCGGGUAUGAGCCGAGCAAGCGGAGUCGAAACUGGCUCAAGAUCAAAAAAGACUAUCUCUCCGGCAUAGGCGACUCGCUCGACCUGGUGGUGCUAGGCGCCUAUCACGGCAAGGGCAAGCGCACGUCGGUCUACGGCGCGUUCCUGCUGGCGUGCUACAACCCAAGCACGGAGACGUACGAGACGGUGUGCAACAUCGGCACGGGCUUCAGCGAGGCGGCGCUCGAGGAACUGCACGCGUCGCUCUCGCAGAUCGUCAUCGACCGGCCCAAGCCCUUCUACGCGCACAGCUCGGGCGGACAGCACCAACCCGACGUCUGGUUCGAGCCGCGCUACGUGUGGGAGGUCAAGACGGCCGACCUGACGCUCAGCCCGCGGUACAAGGCCGGCAUGAAGGAGGGGGUCGACCCGAGCGGCGAGAAGGGCAUCAGCCUGCGGUUCCCGCGCUUCAUUAAGGUGCGCGACGACAAGAAGCCGGACGAGGCGACGACGAGCCGGCAGGUGGCCGAGAUGUACCGCAAGCAGGAGAGCGUGAAUAAGAGCAAGGGGCCGGCCGUGGAUGACGAUUUCGAGUAUUAGCAGCAGCAGAACAUGAAUGGCUUGCAAGGGGAAAGGGGGGUCCCUAGUUGAGUACGGUUCGACCGGUAUGUCAUUCUUCCAGUCGU